AUGGGCAUCCCAGGAUUCCGCACGAGAGCCUCGCGGACUUAUAGCAUCAACCUCCAGGUGCUCAACGCCCUGAAAGUGACUCCUUCAAUCCGGAUUCUUGGCGACCUACCCACCGCUGAGUUGAACUCGGAAGAUUACGUAGCUUCAGUCUCCGCAAAGAUCGAAGGCUUCGUUGCGGCAUGGAACGAGACAGCAGAAAGACGACUUCUUGCGGUGGAAGUCUGGUCCCGACGUACCCACCUCGCCAUCGAUCUCAACAACGAUCAAUAUGACUACCAAACCGCUCACCAGCAUUCUGUUAUUCUGCCAGUCUAUUUACUUCAGUUUUCUUCGAGAAGCCGCACCUGGAAGUUUUCACGACGUCAGCGUCAGGACGCCCCGGUAGCCGCCAGAAUCGCUAUCUUACAUCACGCCAACGGUCAAAAUCCGCUUCCCUUCCUCGAAGACCACACCAAGAUUAUCACGCACUACACACCUCGAUCCAGUACGCACUGA